GGCUAUAGCCAGAGCAAGUCUUUUCCUCAGGGCAAAAUGUCCAGAGAUGCCCAACAAGACCUACAGGAUCAGGAUUAUAGGACCGGCCCAAGUGAGGAGAAACCUAACAGGCUUAUUCGAUUAAAUGGGGUGCCAGAAAAUGCCACAAAAGAAGAGAUUCUUAAUGCCUUUCGGACUUCUGAUGGCCUACCUGUAAAGGAGUUGCAGUUGAAGGAGUAUAACACAGGUUACGACUAUGGCUAUGUCUGCGUGGAAUUUUCACUCUUGGAAGAUGCCAUCGGAUGCAUGGAGGCCAACCAGGGAACUCUAAUGAUCCGUGACAAAGAGGUCACUCUUGAGUAUGUACCAAGUCCAGAUUUCUGGUACUGCAAACGAUGUAAGGCUAGCAAUGGUGGGCAUCAGUCUUCUUGUUCAUUCUGCAAGGGCCCAAAGGAAGAAGUCAAGCAGGAACUAGUAUCCUACCCUCAACCUCAGAAAACAUCCUUACCAGUGCCCUCAGAAAAGCAGCCCAGCCAGCCACGGCCUGCUGAAAAGGAGCAUGAGCUCAGGAAACGGGAGGAGGGCCAAGAGUCGAGAUUGGGACAUCAGAAGAGAGAUACAGAAAGAUACUUCCCUCACUCUCGAAGGGAAGGGCUCACUUUCCGAAGAGACCGGGAAAAAGAGUCUUGGUCUGGAGAGACACGCCAGGAUGGAGAGAGCAAAACAAUCAUGCUAAAACGUAUCUAUCGUUCCACUCCACCCGAAGUGAUAGUCGAAGUGCUGGAGCCCUACCUUGAUCCACCAUUUAGCAUUGAUGGGAAGAUGGUAGCUGUAAACCUGGCCACUGGAAAACGAAGAAAUGAUUCUGGGGACCAUUCUGACCACAUGCAUUACUAUCAGGGUAAGAAAUAUUUCCGAGAUAGGAGAGGAGGAAACAGAAAUUCAGACUGGUCCUCAGAUACAAAUCGACAAGGGCAACAGUCAUCUUCUGACUGCUACAUAUACGACUCUGCUACCGGCUACUACUAUGACCCCUUGGCAGGAACUUACUAUGAUCCCAACACCCAGCAAGAAGUCUAUGUGCCCCAGGACCCUGAAUCACCUGACGAAGAAGAGACCAAGGAAAAGAGAUCUACCAGUCAAGGAAAGUCAAAUAGCAAGAAAGAAACGUCUAAAAGAGAUGGCAAGGAGAAAAAAGACAGAGGAGUGACAAAGUUUCAAGAAAGUACCAGUGAGGGGAAGCCUCCCCCAGAAGAUGUUUUUAAGAAGCCCCUGCCUCCUACUGUGAAAAAGGAAGAGAGUCCUCCUCCACCUAAGGUGGUAAAUCCAUUAAUUGGUCUCCUGGGUGAAUAUGGAGGAGACAGUGACUAUGAGGAAGACGAGGAGGAGGAACAGGCCGCUCCUGCGCAGCCUCGCACAGCACAGCCUCCGCCUAGAGAGGAGCUGACCAAGAAAGAGAAUGAAGAAGACAAACUCACUGACUGGAAUAAACUGGCUUGUCUGCUCUGCAGAAGGCAGUUUCCCAAUAAAGAAGUUCUUACCAAACACCAACAACUGUCAGACCUGCACAAGCAAAACCUAGAAAUUCACCGGAAGAUAAAGCAGUCAGAACAAGAGCUAGCCUAUCUGGAGAGGAGAGAACGGGAGGGAAGGUUUAAAGAAAAAGGAAAUGACCGAAGGGAAAAACUGCAAUCUUUUGAUUCUCCAGAAAGGAAACGGAUUAAAUACUCCAGAGAAACAGACAGUGAUCGUAACCCUGUUGAUAAAGAAGACACUGACACUAGUAGCAAAGGAGGCUGUGCCCAGCAGGCCACUGGCUGGAGGAAAGGGGCAGGCCUGGGAUAUAGCCAUCCUGGAUUGGGUUCAUCAGAGGAGAUUGAAGGGCGGAUGAGGGGACCUGGGGGUGGUGCUCCAGGAAGAACCAGCAAGAGACAGUCUAAUGAGACUUACCGAGACGCUGUUCGAAGAGUUAUGUUUGCUCGAUACAAAGAACUCGAUUAAGAGUGGAGACACUCCACUGGACACAAUUUCCUCCUUGUUUUGUUUGUCCAUCUCUCCUUUUGUUUUGUUACUGUUCUUGCUGCUAGAACUUUUUUAAAUAAACUUUUUUUCAAUGUGAAUAAA